AUGGCUAGCCCACAGGUUCUCGUGUUUGAUGCUGAGGGCCGCCCUGUGAAGUUUGACACCUGGCUCGAUGACCUGCACCUCUACCUACAGCUCACAGCCAAGGAUGACAUCUCACUGUACCAUCACGCCCUAGGCCAUGUCACUGCCCCUGCUGCUAUUGCUGACAGCACUGCUCGCUCACAGUGGCAGACUCGUGAUGCCCACGCUCGCUUCGCAAUUCGCAAUUCCCUGCCGAUAGACGAACGCGAGCACUUUGGUCAGCACAAGACUGCACACGCACUGUACACAGCUGUAGUUGCUCGCUACUCCUCACCUGCCUCUACCGCACUAGGCCGUCUCUCCCUCCCCUACCUGUUUCCCGACCUAGCUUCCUUGCACACAGUCGCUGACCUCAUCACGCACCUCCGUACUAGUGAGGCCCGCUUCCGUGCCGCCAUGCCUGCUGAGUUCCUUGCCACGCACCCCCCUCCACUCAGGCUCACUCUCUACAACCUAGUCACCCGCCUCCCUGACACACUGCGUGCUGUCAGGGACCACUUCCUAGCUCGUUGCCCCACUGAGCUCACCAUUGCCCUCCUCGAGAAGGAGCUACUUGCAGCUGAGACUAGCAUAGUUGCUGUAGGUGCCUCUCGUGGCGACCCCCGUACCCCGUUCUUUGAGGGGUGUUCUCCUUCCCCCCUUCUUCCCUCUGUCGCCUCUGCUGCUGCUGUCGACCUUCUCGGUGCUGAGAAGGUCGGCGCUGCGUCUGCCUCGAGCGGGCGCCGCGGCGGCAAGGGCAAAGGGGGCAAGGGUGGUGGCGGUGACGGCGGGGGAAGCGGCGGUGGGGGCGGUGGAGGCAGUGGGGGUGGUGGCUCGGCUGGAGGGGUGAGUGGUAGCGGUGGGGGUGGUGGCGGCAGCGGCGGGGGAGGUGGCAGGAGUGGAGGCGGCAGGGGAGGUGGCAGGAGUGGAGGCGGCGGUUGGGGUGGCGGUGGACAAGGCGGCGGCAAGGGUUGGGGUGGUCGAGGAGGUGGCAGCGGCGGUGGUGGCCGUGGAGGCGCUGGCGGUGGCCAGGGCCAGCAGCACACUCCUUCGCCCCAGGAGGUGCUGGUGAGGCUGCUGCUCUAG